CCCUCCUGCAGCCCCUCGGCCGCCUGGAGCACCUGCCCCUAAUUCAGGCUUCUGGAAAGGUUGCUCAUCCACUCCGGGGGUGUGUGGACGGUGUGAGUGGUGGGCUCCACGGUACGACUCAAGGAGGAAGCAGUUCCUCCGCCUUCAGCUCUUACUGUUAAGUGGUUCCUCGGCAACCACCCAGCCUGACACCAGAUUGGAGUUCACAUGAUUCUGUCUCAGCUCCGGAAUGGGCAGCCUGCAGCUGGGGAUUUUCUAGACGCGAGCUGGGGAGGCGCAGGCUGUGGGACAUCGGCGCGAGGAAGCCUGGUCCUGGCAGCAGGGUCACAUGUGAGGGGACCACCAGGCGGGCCCACGGGCGUCGUCGGGUCUCCUCCUCGGGCCUCUGUGGAGCCGCCGCCGGAGGAAGCCUGCUGUUUGCAGUUUGAGAGCAGAGCUCAGCUGGGGGCCGGCAGGGCGGACUCAUUCCUCCGAGAUUCCCUCCUCGGAGGACCCCCUCCGCCCUGAUUCCAGGAGCCGGGCCGGGACUCCGCUGCCCGCUCCUGCUGGCUGCUCACCUGGCUGCGGAGACUGCGCUGCCAUCCUGGGGUGCUGAGGACCCGGGAAAGGUCAGGCAACCCAGGCUGGGUGAUAGAGACCCAGUAGUGGGUUGGGAAAUCGAUUUAGUAGCUCAUGACCUGGAUUUAAAAAAUGAAAUAGAAGAAAAAGAGUGCAGCGCAAGUGGUAAGGGGGCUUGCCCACCACCAGUGAUGCCGAGCCCUUAAUACAGUUUGAACCACGUACUAUAACCAAGAUGGCGGGGCAGAGACUAGCCCCUUCUCUGAGCCCAUGAUGGCCCCUCCAGGCCCAAAGAUGGAGAACAACAACAACACUGCAGACAACUCCUCGUUCAGCUGUGCCAUUGACCACACCAUCCACCAGACGCUGGCCCCGGUGGUCUACAUCACAGUGCUGGUGGUGGGCUUCCCAGCCAACUGCUUGUCACUCUACUUUGGCUACCUGCAGAUCAAGGCCCGGAAUGAGCUGGGCGUGUACCUGUGCAACCUGACGGUGGCAGACCUCUUCUACAUCUGCUCACUGCCCUUCUGGCUGCAGUACGUGCUGCAGCAUGACGACUGGCCACACAGCGACCUGUCCUGCCAGGUGUGCGGCAUCCUCCUCUAUGAGAACAUCUACAUCAGCGUGGGCUUCCUUUGCUGCAUCUCCAUCGACCGCUACCUGGCCGUGGCCCAUCCCUUCCGCUUCCACCAGUUCCGAACACUGAAGGCAGCCGUCAGCAUCAGUGUGGUCAUCUGGACCAAGGAGCUGCUGACCAGCAUCUACUUCCUCAUGCACAGGGAGGUCAUCGUGGACAAAGACCAGCACCGUGUCUGCUUCGAGCACUACCCCAUCCAGGCCUGGCAGCGGAGCAUCAACUACUACCGCUUCCUGGUGGGCUUCCUCUUCCCCAUCUGCCUGCUGCUCGUCUCCUACCAGGGCAUCCUUCGGGCUGUGCGCCGGAGCCACGGCACCCAGAAGAGCCGCAAGGACCAGAUCCAGCGGCUGGUGCUCAGCACCGUGGUCAUCUUCCUGGCCUGCUUCCUGCCCUACCACAUGCUGCUGCUUGUCCGCAGCCUCUGGGAGUCCAGCUGUGAGUUCGCCAAGGGCAUCUUCAACGCCUACCACUUCUCGCUGCUUCUCACCAGCUUGAACUGUGUCGCCGACCCAGUGCUGUACUGCUUCGUCAGCGAGACCACCCACAGGGACCUGGCCCGCCUCCGCGGGGCCUGCCUGGCCUUCCUCGCCUGCUCCAGGACCAGCCGGGCCAGGGAAGCCUACCCACUGGGUGCCCCCGAGGCCUCUGGGAAGAGCGAGGUGCAGGAUGAGGAGCCCGAGUUGUUAACUAAGCUCCAUUCACCAGCCUUCCAGACCCCUGAUUCACCGGGAAUGGGAGGGUCCCCCACAGGCGGGUUGGCCUAGCCUGUGUCACCUGCAUGUGGGACUGCCUGAGGCCUGAGCCUUCGGCCGACAGGCCUCAGUCCUAAGCUUGCUCACUGGCUGCCUCCAGCUUUGCCAACUGCAGGUGCCUCUUCCUGCUGGAGAGACUGUGGGCCUGCGCUGCUGGGCCAGGGCUGGGCCUCAGCAAGGCCUCUCUGAUCUGGGAAGGCUACUCUAGCUUGCUGAGCUCCAUGGGGUUGUUGAAUGUCAGCUUAUGGGUGUCUCUGCUGUCAGCUGGGAUGCUGCAAGGCAGGGGCUGCUGUGGGAGGAGAAGCUGGGGUUGGGGGAGCAGAGUGUGAGGACAUGGGGGUGGGGGAGGGGGAGAUACCCAGGGCCCUCCCGCGACAUCGGUGUCACAGAUGAUGCCUCCUCAAAUGCACCAGUGUUAUCUGAGAUGACGCAUGAAGCUGUAUUGUCAUCAUUAACACGUGUGCCCCACCUUAAGACAGGGCAAGAAGAGAGAUGAGUCAGACCAGGGGACAAGGAAGGUGGGGAGGCAUUGGGGGCACUGUGAGUGUGUGGGGGGAGGGAAGCGACAGACAGAGGAGACAUCCGCAGCUCAGCCAUUUCCGCUUUCACAGGGAGAGUUGAGCAAAUUCUUUUUUUAGCUGUGCCUUCUGAAGCCUGAGGGCUGAUAGAAUACAAGCUCUAGGCCUCCCCAUGGUGAGUUCUGUAGUCCUGUAAAAAGUCAGUGCUGAAGCUCAAGUGCAAGACAAAGGUCUAAAGACAAUGUGUCCUUAACUGAAUUCCCUACACAGACUCGUCGUAACUAGAUUCCUGUUUCCAUCUGCCCAGAAGCACCAGAUCUGAAGCCUGGGAGUGUAUGCCCACACGGCUGUGUGUGUCGGGGUGUGUGUAUGCAUGGGUGUGUGUAUGUUGGAGUGGAUGGGUGUAUAUGGGUGUAGGGUGUGUGUGUGUCGGUGUGGAUGGGUGUAUGUGGGUGCAGGGUAUGUGUGUGUUGUGUGUGUGUGUUGGUGUGGAUGGGUAUAUGUGGGUGCAGGGUGUGUGUGUGUGGGGUGCAGGUGGGUGUAUGUAGCUGGGUGUAUGUGGGUGCUCACAGUUAAAAUGCCCUGUGCCAAGACACUGAGGUGAGGGUCAUGUGAAUGCUGGUGGUGUCCCCAAGCAAAGGGGCUUGAAAGCCAGCUUGGACAGUGGCACAGGGUUCCCACCUUGGCUUUGCCCCCUGUGGGCCCCCUCCCCAGUGUACACUGUGGAGUAUCUAGCAGUCUCAGAGAGGAAUGUGACAUUCUUCCUGAGUUCUCAAAUACAACACAACAAACAUGGGACAAAACAAGCAAAACAGAUGCACUCUCUGUCCUCUUCCUGCCCCAAGGCCUGGGGUUCGGCUCUAGGUGGCUUAAAUGCCCCUUUGACAAGGCAAGGAGGUAGCCCUGGGCUCACCUUGCCCCAUUUGUUCUCCAUCACUACUCCUCUGCCGAUGUCCCACCUCACCCACCUGGAGAGUGACUGUGGUUUUGUGGGCCACAUAGCACAGGGUACUGACCUGUGCUCUGUCCUGGAAGGCUGAGUACUGGGCUCAUCUCUCCUGCAACUUUGUGUCUGACCAUGUUGAGGUAUCCCACCUCCCACCCCACACACAGAUUUCUCCUGUUCAAUUUUGCAGCAAAGCCUCCUGCCUACAGAGCAUCAUCCUCUCAAAAGUUGCUGGAGAGCUUCGAGAGGAUCCAUGGGGCCCUUCAGCCUCAUCAUACUCUUUCACUCCCAGAGACUUUGUUUCUGCAAA